AAUAUUAUUCACAGACCAGGACCACCAGUACGUAUUACUUAACAUGUUUCUUUUUAUCUAUUCGAUCUGUAAAGCAGGGUAAAUACUUCGUAAAUAGUACACUUGAUAAGGCAUGCUAGACAUGAACUUGCUUUUGCCUUUGUAUAUUUAUACCAAAAAGACAUACUGUACAGUAUACAAUAUUACCAAGAAAUCCACAUAUUAAUACAGAUGUCUGCUAGCAAAGAAAAGGAGGCGAAUAAAGAUAAAAACUAGAGUGAAAAAGAAACGAAAAAGCAGUCUUUACCAAAAUGUUGUUCAAAUUUUACUAAAUUAAGAAACAUUUUACCAAAUGUCGGCUUCCCAAAUAAUUACGUCAUAAUAAUGCCAAAAAACAAUAGUUGCGUCAUCAAAGUAGAAAAAAUAUUCACAAAAAGUAUCUCGAAAUACUUGUUGCUUCCAUCGUUAUUGCAGUUUUUGCUAAUGACAAGGAUUUAUUUCUUAGGCUUGGCAGUUCUGUUCAUCACUUAUUACACACGUUAUUAAACAAGAAACACACAUCUUUACCAAAAUGAUUAUUAAUAAUUAAUACCUUUCAGAUUUUACCAAAAAAAAAACUUGAUACCAAAUUUUCUUGAAAAUUCACGAAAUUUUACCAAAAUUAAAACUUUUUACCAAAUCUGGUCACACUGCCAGCAUCUGCGAACCAUCCGCCUGGCUCUGAUGUUAUAGGACUACUAUAACGGGACUCACGUGACUGGCCAAGAUGGCGCGGAUGAGUUUAUUUGUUGUAUUGUACUAAAUUUAUAAAUAAACUGAUUUAUAAUCAGCAUAUAACAAUUAAUUUUACCGUUUAGACAGAAUUUUCAAAAGAGCAAGUUGCAUUUAUCUAUCCAUGAAACGAACAGAAAAUUUAAUUUAUGUUAUAUCUUACAUUUUGGGCCUGUGAAUUAUUAACCUGAUAAAAAUGUCUAUUAAAGUUGUCUACUGGUUUAGUCCCCAGUUAAAAUAUGCUCAUCCGCUUUAUAAAUAGUUUUACGGCUUUUUUACCUCGCAUUAAAUUGUCAUGUGCAUGCACUAUACUCAUAUCAGCACUAAUGCCCAUGAGUAACUGUUAAAUGUUCUUUACUAUUUAAGGGUCCACCUGGAGAUGAUGGUGCAAUUGGUCAAGAUGGUCGCAAUGUAAGUUUAAUGUAAUCUUAUUUGUAGCAUUGUUGUUUUUUUUCAAUGUACAGUACAGUAUGAGCGCUCACAAGGUUAACUCGCUCAUUGCAUUCGCUUUGUGAAAACGUGCAAAAAUAAGAUAGUCAGCACUUCCCAUGAAGAAAGCUCUACAGUAUUUCCAAGCAAUUUCCAAUGAGUCGAUGAAAGAUUUUGCGUUAGGGGCACUAUAAGGCCCGUACAAACAGACCCAAUAAUGUUGGCAAAACUUCAUUCCAAAGUUCUUUUUGCACGGUAGUAUACAAAACAUACUUCUGUGGUUUUGGCAAACAGAAGACUCCCUUGAUGUGAGAUAAAUUCUGUGCACACAAAUUCUGUGUAUGUUUCUAAAAAUCGUGAAAAUGAAAAUUUUUUUUUGGUGACUCGUGAAAUCCAAAAAUGAUCUUCGUGAUUUCGUGAAGAGACCUCCCCUUGCCCCCCCCCCCCUCCACACAAUUUUCGCAAUGCAAACCUGUUUAAAACUAGUCAACUUAUUGGCAAAAUUACUUUUAUCAUAUUUCAAAUAUCCCUGGAAAAUGCCUGGAAAACGAGAGGAAAAAUUAUUGAAAGUUGUGGAUUUUUAAAAUUAUGAAGGUGUAGGAAUGCAGAAUGAUUAACGCUGUUUUUAAACGAUCAUUAUCUCAAAAAACGAAGUUCAAAUGCCCUACAUUCCGCAACUAAGUGGUGGUCAAAUGCCCCAUUGUAAAUUUAAUUUGAAGGUUAAAAUUCUUCAACUUUCAACUUCCCCAGUCCAUUCUGGUCAAACCAAUCUUGAACAUAAUUCAAAUAUUGACUUCGAAAAUCGUUUAAUAAAAAUUUCGCCAUUUUCUUGAAAACGCAAAAGCAAAAAAUGAUUGACACGUUAAAGCCCGUAGUUUCUUAUGUCAGCGGGAAGCAAUUCUAUCUAUAAUAGUCUUCAUGUUAGGUACUUAGGUAAACUAGUAGUUUUUUAGUUGUGGUCAAGUUCCUCACCACUUUAUGCCCGCCCCUAGGGAAAAUCAUGAAUGGCAAAUGCCCCUCUCGUGCCCGGGGGAUGUUACACCUUUGUUAUACCGUUUUGAUCGGCGCAUUUUGUCUGAUUUGUACAUUUAGAUUUUCACUUAUCUAUAACUUAUUUUCACUUAUCACUUAUUUUUUUCUGUAGGGAUACAAAGGCGAAGCUGGAGCACAAGGUCAUGAAGGUCCUCGAGGUCCACCGGUAUGUAUAACGCGAAAAUAAACUCUAUAAACAAUUUUUCCACCCUGGCUUAAAAAUAGUGUAAUGAUAUUUAAGAACUAAGACUGAGGCAUUGAUAUUUAACAUGAAAUUAUGUAUUACGUAUUAUGUAUAAUAUGUAUUUGUCAUUUGAUUCAGUUGUGAAACUCACAUAAAGAAACUGCUAUCAUAUAAUUUCGUUGCCAUAGAGUAUUCUAUUAAUUAAUAACACCAAACAAUACAUACUCCGUAAAUGGUAAACAUUUUAUUUCUCUAUACGUUUUGACUAUUAUUUGCAGUCGACUUCAGGAGAACGCCACGUUUUCAAAAAUGUUGACUAGUUAGUGAAUAAUUUAUAAGCAACUCGCGAGCAGCGAAUUAUACUGUAAAUACUGUAGUUUGUUUUUUUGAAAACGUGGUAUUCUCCAGGUAAGAUGACAGCAAUAGUCGCCGAAACGUAGAGAAUAAUUAAAAUGUCAGAAAUUUAUCGAAUGUCGAUUGUUUCGUGUUUAAUAAAACUGCUCUACUUCAUUCUAUUUGGGAUAUUCUCAACUUCAAUGAAAUUUUGGUGGUUUUACAAAAAAGUUAAUACGAAAACCGACAGUAAAAUCCUGAUAAAACUAGUUGUUGGCCCCAAUCCGGACAUUUCAAACCCCGUUUUCCAGUGGGCCAAACCAUAAACUAAUGUGGAAAAAAACUGAUACUUACUGGUUCACUGUUUUACAUGUACAAGUAUACUAUACUAUACUCAGGGUUCAUAGCGGUCUUUGAAAUCCUUGAAAGUCUUUAAAUUUGAAUGCAGGUCUUUAAGGUCUUUGAAAAGCCUUUGAAUUGUGUGAAAACGCGAAGAAAUUAGGCAGCAGAAAUCAGCAUUUUAGGAUGUGAUUUGACGGGACUAAUUACCGGGUAACAAUGGCGCUUACACUCGCAAUUUUUCGACAGUUGAUUGCUCUGAAAGGUCUUUGAAAAGUCUUUGAAAAUAGGCAGAAACAAUCUUUGAGAGUCUUUGAAUUUUGUUGGUCUUGGAGACUACGAACCCUGUAUACUGUAAUAAUAUGUACUGUUUAUAUGCUGUAUGUACACAGCAUACUGUACACAAUACUGUACGUAUCACACACAUAUGUACGCACAUAUACAGAACUCAAGUAUUGGUUAAAAAUUACUUCAAUGAAGAAAUGAACUCAGCCAUGCACUGGUUUAAAUUGGGAUAUUUCAGUUCUAAUUAGUAGGUUAUGUGACAAUAGGAUAACCGGAAACCCCAAUCUUUAAAGAUUCAGACAGGUUAAUUAAAAUGCCACCAUUGCCCAAAUUACGGUGGUAUAAAUUUUGGUGGUAUAAUAUUUGGAUCAAUCUGAAAAGGAAGUUGAGCAACAGUUGCCGGAUAUGACGUCAUUAGAUUGCAAAUUAGGUUUCUUUUGUUUUUUACUUCAAAAAUGUGUCUAAUGACAUCACAUCCAGAAACGUUGAAUACGUACAAUCCUUCUCAAAAUUAAAAUUACCCAAAUAUUGUACAUAGCAAAAAUCAGUGCUGUGAAAGGUGCAUAUUUUUUUGAAAUAGCAAAAAAUGUAACUUUUUAUAGACUUGUUACCUUUACAAAGUUACUUUACGAUUUUUGUAGCUAUGAAAAACAACCUGUCAUUAAAAAUAUUAGCUAUAUGUUAGUAAUGGGCCUUAUGCAGGCUUCUGUCCAAUUCCCAGGAAUUUCAGUUACAAUACUGGACGUUUUAUAUGUUGUUUAUAUCAUAAUUACGAGUGUUCACCAAAAAUUUUGAAUUUUCGAACGCCUUCCGAAACUGUGUUAUAUACAAAAUUUAGUUACAAAUUCUUGUUUAAGGUUAAGACCUGAUAUAAACAAAAAUCUAAACAUUUUGGCCCUAACUCCAAUUUAAUUUUCAUUUUUAAACUGAACUAGUUAAAAAGGUACCUUCAAUUUUUUGUAACUUGCUUAAUUAAAAAUACUUCUUUAGGUUUUAACAAUUUCAUUGACAUUGAGUUCAAUUAUUACUGGAACGAAUAGGAUAACCCAACUGCAAGCAGGGGCGAAACUAGCCCGUUUUAAUUAGGGGGGGGGGUCUGGCAGAAUUGCCUUGCCAAAACCAAUGAUUGCCUGCAGCCUGCAGUGCCAGCGCUAAUACAAUACAUCACGAAGUUACGUGCAUAAUUAAACUGCCGAUGCCGAUGUGCAUGCAUACGAACUGCUUAAUGUUUGCUAGCUGUAAUAAGUUACUUAAUAACUCUACAUUCUAUCAUUUAAAUUGCCCUGCCAAUGGGGAUUUUUGGGGGUGCCACACCCUCCCUCGAGUUUCGCCCCUGACUGCAAGCUGGUAAAUAGGAGAGGAGUUAUUGUACAGUGAAUCAGUUGAUCAACCACAUUAACACAAUAUAAGUUAACAGCAUAAAUAGAAUGGCAAGUACUAUAUUUUAUCGUAAACAUGUAACGAUCGUUCCAUUUCAAACCAAAAUGUAACUAAUUACGGUUUCAAAUACCUCUUCAAAACGUAAGUACAAUCCUGGACAAAAAAAACAUCCGGACGCUGCUUACAAACGAAUUAAUGUUUUUGUCGCGUAAACUGUCGUCCCCCCUUCCCCCCCCCCCUUUACAACGUUGUUACAACAAAUAUAGCAUAAGUGCCACUAAUUACAACUGAAGUGUUAAUCAACGGCAUUGUAUGAAGGAAGGGCGGAUGGAUUUUCUGAGGUAUAUUUAGGUGUUGUUCCAGGAAUGUUAUAUUUAUAAUGUUUGUACUAGUAAAUUUGUCCGGGAUUGUAGUUACCGUUACAGUUACUUAAAAAAACUAACGAUUACUUGUAAUUUCAUUACUUGUAUCGAAGUUACAUACAGUACUGCCAAAAAUCAUAUCUUGGGUUAGUGACACUUUCAGUGACUAAGCUAUUUUAAAACCUGUCCAUAAUAGAAAAAAGAAUAAAGCUCCAUAAUAUCAGUUAAUUUAAAGAUUUUUGUAAUGUUUUAGGGAGAUCCUGGAGCGGCAGGCGAUAUUGGAGAGCCAGGAACUGCUGGAGAACAAGUAAGUUAUCUCCUGGAUUGGAGAGAUGCCUGAAUCCUACUACUAGCGAGAACAUUUUGAGAAUUAGAUGUCCCAUAGUAAUUUUACCUAAAAUUGUCAGGUGUAUUGCCCGUUAAUAAAGGGAUAUUUUUCUUAAAUUACAUGCUUUAUAAUUAACAAUAGUGAAGAUUCAUGUCAAUGAUUAGAGUAUUGAUAGAAGUUUAGACUUGACUUCCACUACCACUACCAUCAAUAGACCAUUAACCAAUCAUAACGCUUAAUCUACCCGAUUAACCAAUCAGAUGCACACAGAGCAAGUGAGAGGUAGCGGAGUGGAAGUCAAAUCUGAACCUCUCUGUUAAUACAUGUAUGUUAUCGAUAUACGAUUGAAAAGAAAGUUUACAGAAAACAACGAAAAUGUUCAGUACUAUGAUUGAAGGGUUAUUGUAGGCAAUUGUGGCAGAUCUGUUACAUGCUUGCCUAUGAAAUUAAUUUGUCUUAAAAUGCAUAAAAAUAACUUGUUUUAUUUCUCUUUGAAUAUAUUAGGGUACACCUGGUGCCAAAGGUUAUCAAGGUCGUCGUGGGGUAAUCGGAGAUCCGGUAAGUGUGUACUAUAAUUGAAGAAUGAUAUAAAACUCAAUUUUAGCAAAGUCAUACAUGUGGAUAAUUGUAAAAUUUUUAUUGAUUUAUUUCAAUCAAACGGGACGGACUCGAACUCCCAUGCAUAUAAACAUAGUGAAAUGUAUAGUAUUAUAGUUAAAAUAUUUACAUUAAUAAUACCUGUGAAUUAACAUACGCCAAUUUCUUAAGCGCCAACUAAUUUUCAAACUGUGCAGAUGUUCAAUACUCGAAUAAGAGUUGCUCAUAUGACGUCACUGUCGUCACAUCCGUUAACGGGUUCGUGGCGCCUUAUAACCGUUCGUGGCGCCUUGAUCGGACCAAUAGACCUUCCCCGUUUGAGUGAAAUUUUGAUCUAGACAAAGUCUUGACCAAAAGUUCAUCACAGAUUGAAAGAGCAUCACAAAAUUAGUAAUAUUCCGAAGUUGCGAAAUGUUGUAAAAUGCGGAUAAUAUAGCCCUGCGAAGUUUGCCGUUUUUCAGUCAUUUUGCAUUACAAAUGAAAAUUGAUAAUCAGAUGAUCAAACUGAUUAUCAAUUUCCCAUUUGUAAUACAAAAUGACUGAAAAAUGGCAAACUUCGCAGGGCUAUAUUAUCCUCAUCAACAUUUUGUAACGAAACUUCGCAAUAUUACUAAUUUUGUGAUGCUCUUUCAAUCUGUGAUGAAAUUUUUGUCUAGACUUGUCUAGAUCAAAAUUUCACUCAUAAGGGGAAAGGUCUAUUCCCUGUUUUUGCCUUGCCUUGUUGCAGCAAGUUACGCUUGUUACUCCUUCGCCCUUUCAUUUCGUUAAACUUUGUUAGUUCAACAAGUACAAUGUAUAGACCACUAUAGAUUGUAUUUUUUCCACUGACUCGUCAGUGUGACAGGUGCCGGAGGGAUACCUUGGCAGAAUUGUCAUGGCGAACUCCUUUGCUACUAUUUUACCUGUUGCUGCUCUGCAGGCGAAGCUGUUUUACAUACACAGUUCCAGAGAGGGACAAUACGGUUGGAGAAAGACGACUGAAAAGUACUUGUUUUACAUGACGAAACUUUAAGCACAAGAGAAGGAUUUCACAAUUACGAGUACGACUAUGACUAACAAAUGACACAUAAUUUAUCUACCAUAGUUACUUAACAUGCUCUUGUACCUUUAUCUACUAAUGUCAUCACCCACUAUAAUUUGUUUCUUUUUUAGGGUGCAAAUGGUCCAAAGGGUGAAAAGGGUGUUCGUGGAUUCAAAGGAGAUCGUGGAUGGCGAGGAGAUACGGGUCCACAGGGGCCAAAAGGCACAACAGGAGCAGCUGUACGUUUUAUGUUUUAUAAUAAUAUAAUUACAGCAGUAUACUUAAUUCAGGUGGCAGGUGUAUAGUUUUCUGCUGGUCGAAGGAGGAAACAGUGGCUUAACGUCGUAUUAGAGGGCCCUCGGCCUAAACUGAAGAGGACUCUUGGUCCUAAACUGAUCCGCACACCUAGUCCAUUCAACAAGGGCGUCGCGCCUCGGACUGCGCCAUGUAAAAAUUGCCGAAAUACAAUUCCCAUUAGAGUCAGCGAACUACAUGCAAAAUCCGACACCAAUUUCAAACUUCGAAUUUUGCAUGUAUUACUGAAUUUUGCAUGUACUGAAUUGUUGUAAGGCUGAAAUAGGCAACAUUUAAAGAAUUUACUAAGAAUAUACUCGAGAUUGUUCAAAGAACAUCUUUCAAAGGAAAGUAUAUUUUAUGCUGUGAUGAAUCUAUUGCAAACAAAUGGUACUGUACUACUCUAAAUUUAAGAAUGUCGUAAGAAUAUCCAAAGAUUUCCGAAGUGACAACAUCAACAUGUGACAUUUUAAUCACAUUGCAUGAAUUCUUUAAAGCGAAAUGAAAAUGAAACCAAGUCGCACAUUUGCUUGCAUUAUGCGAUGACUGCACAGUUACGGUCGACCGUAAUUAGAAACAUCGAUUAGAAACACGUACAUUAUUCAAGCCAUUGAAUUUGAACUUUAAAAUUCAAUUAAUACAAAUCUAAACAUAAAUCAACCAUCUCUGAAUAUAACAGAGCUUCUUAUGGCAAUGCAAUAGCUAUGAAUAUUGUAGUUUUUACGCUAAGUGCUUUAAAUGAAACCUUGCAAAUUGUUUUUGGACAGACAGAAGUCUAAAUCUUUUGCAUCAAUGUAACAUUUUCACAAAACUUAGUCCUUGUAUAAAUAACUAACCGAUUCAUUCUCGUAUAUUUAGGGUGCCAAAGGAGCAGCUGGUGGUAAUGGGCGAGACGGCAACGCUGUAAGUACAUUGUGUAUGGUAUACCUCAUUGUGUAUGGUAUAUGUCAGUUUUGUACACUUUUAGCCUGUGAACAAGAGUGGGAAGCAUUAACUCUAGGCUUUACACCAAAGAGCUUGCUCUUAAUUAAUCAACAUGGGCUACGAGAAACAAGGGGAAAUGGGAGUUUUUGCAGGAAAGAGCCUGGGAAAGACUACAGAGUACAGAGAAGGCCUGCGAAAGACUACAGAGUACAGAGAAGGUGCAAGUAGUUGUAGAUGCACCCCAAUCAACAAACAUUCAGCAACUUCGUUCCUUCUUAAACCUUGUGAAUUACCAUCACAUGGAGGUUUUUACCAAAUUGUGAAGUUCUGAGUUGAUGAUAUCUAUUGAUAUUCUGUAAGGAUUGGAAGCAUUUUUUCUUAAUAUUUUGAGAAUUUGGAUACCAGAUUUUCAGUUUGGAUACCAGGAUAAAAAAUCCACAAUGGAUUCCAGAAAAGAAUUUUAAUAUCUUACUCUGGAUCCGAUGCAUUCUCGAAGGUUAAAGAACUCGUCAGAUCGUGUAUGGUUCUUACGCAUUAUAACUCCAAACUUCCUCUGAAACUAGCUUGUGAUGCCUCGCCGGAUAGAAUUGGGGCAGUUUUGUCCCAUGUGAUGGAUUUUCAAGUAGAAUCUAUUUUUUGCUUGCACUAGUACAGCGCUAUUCCUACUCUUUUGUCUCGCAGAUAAAAAAAUGUAUUCAUAAUUAUGGUGAAGUUUAUGCGGACUCACCACAAAUACAGUAACCUUCACCAUUCUGACUACAUAUAUAGAGCCAUGCAAUUUUGAUAUGCAGUUUUUGAAAAAUUCACUCCAUGUGCUAUAACAAAACAACUUGUAGUUGGGUGUAGGGUAGGAACUCAAUCGCAUAAGUAAACUGAAGUAAUUGUUCGUCAUUUUCUAGGGUCGAGAUGGUGAAGUUGGAUCGAAAGGCGAUCAAGGAUCUCCAGGAGAUCGGGUUAGUAUUUCAAUUUACCAUUCUCCAACAUGCAGUGUAUCAUAUAUAAAUAGUGACAGGAUUUGGAAUCGCAGCAAAAGAGAAAGUCAAAGAGAUCCGUUACCUUUUUACCAACAAUUUUGACAUUUUUAUCGCUUACAAACGAUCAAGUUAACGUAUGGCAAGUUUUAUUUGCUUAUCCACAUAGGCAACGUUGCCACGUUUUCCUACUGACAAGUAGUACACUUGUUCAAUUUGUACACUUGCUCAACUGGUACACUUGUCCAAGGUGUAUACUUGUCAUAUUAAAAAUUGCCAAAGUGCAAAUUUUGCUCCUCCGUUUGGGUCAACAGUAACCUUUAGGUCAGCAAAGGAAAAUUUGACAAUGAAAUUUGAACACUCGAAUGUGGUUGGUCAGCGAUCUAUUAUUCUAGUAUUUAUUGUUUUAUUAUUACAAAAUAUUAUCAGGGUGCGCAGCUUACAGACCGUGAUUUUCAGUGUGGGCCCAAUAGCUAUCCUGGCGGUCAGAAAACAAAAAACUUAUCAUUGAAAAUUUGUUGUACUGUACAUACAUAAAAUGAAUGAUGCCUUAAUGCAAUCGUUUCUCUUGCAGGGUGAACCUGGUGAACCUGGACAAAGUGGACCCGCUGGUGUCCCUGUAAGUACAAUACAAAAUGGAUUAUAAUGCAUUCAUCAUUCAAACUAUAUUUCCAUUCCAUAUUCUCUGAUCCGGAGUUCGCGUUAUCUUCAUUUUUGGCAGAAAUGGACCUCAAAUUUAAAAAUUUUCAAGCUCAAAUUAGUCUAUACCAACAUGAAGAUUUCAAUUCCGAGGUCUAUUUUUGGCAAGGAUCUGUAGGUUAUGAGAUGAAAAACUCGGAUUGGCGAAUUGGUCAGUAUUUCCUGGCUAGAAUCUCGUUAGCCAGAAAGCAACGUAGAAAACAAAUAACAUUCUGAUUGAAGCAUUUUGUGAAACUUAAUAAACGAGAAAACAUAAUCCACAAGAAAAUAACAGAUUCUAUUUCAAAGUCACUGUUGAUUUUAAUAUCAAUGAGAAUGAGUAUUUGAAAUAAAUUCCAACUAUUACCUUGUAAAGAUAUAACAAAAAUCACAUGGUUAUAAAAAAUGGUUCAGUAAAGAACUAAAGCUACAACUAUUAUUGAGAACACGGGACCUUAAUCUGUUUAACGUAUUUAUAACACUGGACAAAGUAUACUGUGUGUUGUUCUAGUAAAACCCCGAAAAUAUUUUUCUUCAUAAAAUUAGUUUUUGGUUUAUUGAGUAUGAAAUCUCGAUUGUUGCUACGGAGAUCAUACCGCGAGUUACAGUAGCUUUGAGGUCAAACAUAUUCAUUGUACUCGAUGGCAUUUGCCAUUUCUUACUUUAUGCAUAAAAUAGUGCAAUGCUUGUUGAUAUAUGUCGAUGUCAUAGAAAUAUCAUAGGUUGUUAAUGGAGUAUUGAUGGUGCUUACAUACUUCCAUAGGGUGAGGCAGGUCAGACUGGUCCCUCGGGUCCACCUGGUGUGGCAGGCAAUCCUGGUACUCAAGGAGAUAGUGGUCCACAAGGUGACGAAGGACCUGAGGUAAGAACAUUCUGCUCUCUGUGUCAAUAUUUUCUUCUACCACUCUCGGAAAUUCAAUUUAACGUUCUGUCCACUUCGUCGCUUAUAAUUACCUGUAUCUUUUAUUUCUUGAAAUUUUAACCCAAGUAUAUCUCGCUCAUCACAGGAAUGUCCAGGAAGGUUUAUUUUAUGCAAGCAUGAAUUGAUGGUGAAAUCAAUUACCUUUUAUUCCCUCAGUUGUAUAUGACUGUCUACUAUUCUCCCCAAACCAAACUCCCAAAGUGGCUGGAUUCAUUCUAGAGGGUACAAGAUUCCCCUAUUUGGGAAUGCCGAGGCACGUUUGAAGCUUAUUUUAUUCAUGCAAACAACCUUCUGGUCAAAACUGUAAUGUGAACCCUCGUCAACAAGAAUGCAAUGGUUCAGAGUUUUUAAUUUUUCAGGAGUCGAAGCUUGAAAUUUUUCAUCUUCAAUUUAGGGCGAACGUGGUGAGCCUGGAACCGAAGGCGCUGCUGGAGAGCAAGGAGAGCAAGUUAGUAUUAAGAUGUGCUGUUCGUAAUCUAUUGUUUCGUUUCGACUGUACAUUGAAAAACAUCUCUGUGCCAUCGCAGAAUGCUUACUUGAGAAAUUUGAUCGGAAAAGUUGAAAGUGUAAUAAAACUCAAUGAGAUGGAAAGCCCAUCUUUAAUCCACACACUAACAUCAAAUUAUUGCAUUUUUCAGGGUGAUAGUGGCCCAGCGGGAGCUGUUGGACCCAAGGGUGCUACCGGUGAUGCUGGUGAACAGGGUAACCAGGGAUUGACUGGACCCCCUGGUCAACAAGUAAGUCCUAUGUUCUUAAGAACAGCAUACAACAUACAAGUAUUAAUACCCCAGUUACACGAUACUGGAUUAUUCUCGUAUGGAUUGUAAUCCUAUACAAAUCCAAUCUGUUUCAGUGUUGUCUUCUUCAGUUGUGUCAGAUACAGCAAUCCAAACAAAAGCGUCUGAAUAUAUAUUUACAUACGAAUAUUAAUAGAAAAUAUCUAUAAAAUCGUUUCUUGAGCAGAUGGCUCAGAUGUCGGUGGUUCUUAUGUAGAUAAACUGGAAUGAGAGUAAAUAACUUCCCAUGGACACGACUCCCAUAUACAGUAGUAGCUCAGUGUCUAGCAUAAGCUACCAUUUUACAUUGUUUGACUCUAUUAUUUACCACCAGGGGUCUCAAGGCGAAGAUGGACAAGCUGGCGAAGAUGGUGAAAGGGUAUGUUUGAAAUGCUCUGUGUUUGAUCUCAUUUCCGGAACCACGGGUGCAGCGUGUGCAAGUGCACGCCAUGCCUUUUGUGUUCAUAACUUUUUGGGUGCAGUGCGGGUGCAGACUAUGGGUAAAUGAACGAUUUAGCUUCAUAACCUAGUAAACGGCCACAUAAAUUACUUUCUUCAGUAGAAGAGAAAGCGAAACAGUUUCUGCUAAUUCUGUGUGCCUUAUUUUAAUAUUUGAAAUUAAAAAAAAGUUGUCUGCGUAACAGUCGCUUAUUGAAGGUUUUGAGGCAUCUAUUCAAAAAUCCUCAAAACCUUCAAUAAAAUAAAGAGACUGCUACGCAGGCUAAAUAAAAGGUUGCUUCAUUGCUUGUGUUUGCUUUUUAAUUAGGUUAUAAGUAGGUAUACUAAGUGCCCUUUCAUUUUUGUUUCUGCCUUUUUUUUAAAAAUAUACCCUUCUGAUAACAAAUAACACCCCUUGCCCUCGGCAACUUCCGGCAUCCCUGUUUCCGUAUUGUAUCGCCAAAAAGAUUACGUUUUUAGAAACGAAGUUUUCAUUUGUCGGGUCACGGAAACCAAUGAGCUUUGGCUAUUUGUUCGUAAAUUGAUUUGAUUAAUUUACAUGACCAGUUGUUGUUUCACACAAUAAAACCGGAACCGUACUGUGCCCUAUAAGGUGCAAUUCCUUCAGAGAUUCGAUCCUCGAGUGCCUUAGCUACUUGGUUGCCGAAGAUUUGCUUGGGAAUUAGUGAAAUUUACACUUGACGUCAUUUUUGCAUGCUGACAGAUCGACGAAAAUAGUUGUGUCAGACAAAUACCAUUGGCAUAUUAGUAUCCGGUCAGGUCAGCACACUAAUUUAAAUCGAAAUGUGAUUUUGAUUUUGAACUGUAUACAACAACAUAAACCGUAACCCUAGGGUUAACACAAACUCUAACCCUAAAAUUAACACAAACUUUAACCCUAAAAUUAACACAAACCCUAAUCCUAAGGCUAACAUAAACCCUAACCCUAUGGUCAUCUCACAUCAUCCCUCGUUUUAAUUUUGUGCAUAAAAUUAUGGAGGAUAACAUAUCGUAGAAGCUUGGGAUAUAUUUUCAUUGCGAACAAUUUAAAAGGGGAAUGAUGGAGUUUGCAAGCGUCUUUAGCCUGAUCGAACUGAGACUGUUUGAUAAUAUUUAUAUUUUUGUCUGAGAGUUUCUUCUGUGUAUUUUGCUGUAGGGUGACGAUGGAUACCCUGGUCAAGCUGGUAGACCUGGUGAUAAUGGAGAACCCGUAAGUAAAAUUGCUCCUAGAUAUUGUAACGUUGAAAGUAUUUUGACUAAGUCUUCGCCAGCGCCAACCGGUUUUUUUGCGGCCAUUGGAAAAGAUUGCAUUUGGAUGGUUGAUGAUCAUAUUAUUGUUGCUUUGGACGUUUUUGUGAAAAUCUGCACAAUGCAGUAUGCAUGUUGUAACAUUUACCAUUAGUUGCCUUGCCAAUACCAAAUUUGUCAGAGAGUAUUUUUGUGGAUGAACAUAUUUUGCACGUAUUGUAUUUAUAGUAAUGCUAUCGAUCGUUCGCUAGAAUGUCACGCGCGUUGCGGCCGAAAGGACUAUCAGCUGGCAGAUAGUUUAGUGUUUAUUUACAUUGUUUUUCAGGGUGAACAAGGACCAUCCGGUCCAGAUGGAAAUGAUGGCCCACAAGGUGAACGGGUAUGUAGCAUGCAACUUUACAUUACAAGCAUGAGGAUAUUUGGAAACUGUUCAGUUGUUCACAUGUGAUUUAUGUGAUUUAAACCAACCUUGACCCAGCCCCCCAUGCAGUAAUGGGUAGGGAAAAAAUUCUUGCCUUCUUUGUUUUUUGUUUCUAAUUCGGCAGAAGACAACAAUAGAGCGUUUGCACUCAUUCCGCAGGGACCCACUCAACAAAAAUCAUGGCGGCCAUGUUGGUGUUCCAGACAAAAGAGUCUAAUUAAAAUUCUUUUGAAUCGGAACACCAACAUGGCGGCUGUGACGUCAUGUGCAAACGUCCUAUACGUUCAACUGAAACAAGGGAGCAUGUCAGAAAUAACUUCGAUUUUUGUUUGAUUGCGAUAAUUUGGUAUCGACCAGAGGGUUUUGGGUACACGCAGUGUCUACAGUAAUAGGCUUUUAUUGUAGAUAUACGGCAUAUUUACAUUGAAAUUAUUGGUCAUCGGUAUAUUUAAAUUUUGUGAUUGAUUGAUAAAUUUUGAAUUAAAAUUUACCGAAGUAGUUUUGAGCGUCUUUUCAGGUAUUUUGGACGAUUUUUAUGAGAUAUUUGGUAUACCACUACACCCCUGCAUGCACACCACAAUAAUUCACUUUUACGUCGCCAUUUUGAAUUACGAACACGCGUCGAACAAUUUUCGAAAUAACACGCUCUAUGGCUCGAGCACAUGUUACCUGUAGAUUCACAAAUAUACAAGUGUACUGAAUAUAUAGUCAAGUCAACUCAAAAUUAGUUUUGCUAAUGCAAUUGCAAACAAAAAUCUUCCAUUGUAAGGACCAAAGAGAGAUCAAAAGGCUUGUAGAUUUUGUGCUCACAAUCUUAUAUUAAUACUGUAUUAAGUAUUGAUAAAUUGUAUGUUCAUAAUUAAAUGUAACUAAGUGAAAAGACCCCCAGAAAAACAAGUAAGCUAAGAGUCUAACAGGUCUUAAUUUUUCCGAUGAAAAUAGUGAAAAUGAUAAAAAGUAUUUGCUCGUAACACAUUUGAAGUUAGGUCAAACUAAAGAUGUUUUACAGUAAGUUAGGUUAAAUUAAGAAAUGUUUUGAAGAUUGUUUUGAAGUUAGAUCAUAUAAAUAUUUUGAAGAUGUUAGUUGCAGUUGGUGUAAGUGUGCAGUUGGAAAAUAAGGUUACAACCACAUUUUUUACUACUAUUUUGUUCACAUUAUGAAUUUUCGUUAUUGUAGGGUCGACAGGGGGCUCCCGGACCUCCCGGAAGAAUCGGUGAUCCUGGAUCCAAG